AACAUUCUGGAUGUCCAAUCGGGAGUCCACUGUCCCCGUGGCUAGAAUGGGAGCAGUAACAAAGCUGAUAAAAAGAAGCUGGAGCUAGGACUGGGCACUGUCCUCCCAAUGACCGAGAGGGCUCCAGCAAACUGGAUGACCCCCAAACAGUGAGAAGGGAAACAAAGAUCCUGUGGACACCAUGCCCUCGAAAAAGGCUCGCAGUGCCCAGAAGAGUGCUGAGCGCUCAGAAACCACCACAGUCAACUACUGGACGUCGAGGCGCAACGGGGAGGUGCGGCUGCGGAAGCUGGAGGACGCGUUCUACGACCGGACGCCACUCACCGUGCACGACAUGGUCAUAGAUACGGCCACCAGGUUCACCAACUACAUCGCGCUCGGCUCCAAGUACAAGAACACCUGGCACCUGCUCACCUACAUCGAGUACUACGAGCAAUGUCGGCAGGCCGCCAAAGCCUUCCUCAAGCUGGGGCUGGAGCGCUUCCACGGCGUGGGCAUCAUGGGACUGAACUCGGAGGAGUGGGCCAUCGCCAACAUUGGCGCCAUCAUGGCAGGAGGCUUCUCUGUUGGCAUAUUGUCCACCAACACCCCAAAAGCCUGCCAGAUCAUUGCCGAAAACUCAAAGAUGAACGUCAUUGUGGUGGAUAAUGACAAGCAGCUGCAAAAGGUCAUGCAGAUCCAGGGCUACUUGAAGCAUCUCAAAGGCAUCGUGCAGUACAAGGAGGUGAUCCAGUCGGAGCAGAGGAACCUGUACUCGUGGCAACGGUUCCUGGACCUCUCACACGACAUCUCGGACGAGAGGCUAGACAAGAUCAUCGACUCCCAAAAGCCCAACCAGUGCUGCACCUUGGUCUUCAGCUUGACGUCCAUGGGCCCCCCCAAAGCCGUGAUGCUGAGCCAUGACAACAUCACCUGGACCACGGCGGCCACCGUUCAGAGCCUUUCUUUUAAGCGUCCGCCAGAGGCGCAAGAGACCUUGGUGAGCUACCUGCCGCUCAGCUACAUCGGGUCUCAGAUUUUCGACAUGUGGGUCGCCAUCUCGGUGGCUGGGGCGCUCUACUUCGCCCAGCCGGAUGCUGUGAAGGGCACUCUGAUUGACACGCUGCGGGAGGUGAGGCCCACCACGUUCUACGGUGUCCCAGGGAUCUGGGACCAGAUGGCCGACAGCCUCAAGGCCAGACACCUGGGUGCCACCAUGUUUCGGAGGAAGUUCGACAACUGGGCCAUGGUGCUGGGGCUCAAGACCAACUUGAAGCAGAUGUUUGGGCAGAGGCAGCUUCCGCUGGGCUUUGGCCUGGCCAAGACAUUGACCUUCGACCGGACCAGGAAGUUCUUCGGCCUGGAACACUGCCGGCAGUUCUUCAACUUGGGGCUGGGGCUCCCCAGGGCCACCCUGGAGUUCUUCCUCAGCCUCAACAUCCCCAUCUUCGAGUUCUACGGCCAGACCGAGUGCACCGGCGUCCACUCUGUGUCCAGCCACCGGGCCUUCCAGCUGCUCAGCUGCGGGAAGCCGUUCCGGGACACCAACACCAAGGUGCUCGAGGGAGAUAAGGAUGGCAUCGGGGACAUCUGCAUUUGGGGCCGGAACGUCUUCAUGGGUUAUCUCAACAACAAGGAAGCAACGAAGGAUAAGAUUGACUCCCUAGGCUGGAUGCACACAGGGGACCUGGGCUUCUUGGAUGCCGAUAACUUCCUGCACAUCGCAGGCAAUGUGAAUGAUAUCAUCACGCUCAGUUCUGGGGAGAAGAUCAACCCGGGCCCCAUCGAGGAGCAGGUGAAGAUGUUCAUUCCCAUCGUGCAUUACGUGGUCCUGGUGGGCCAGGAUAUGCCGUACCUGUGCGCCCUGCUCACACUGAAGUGCCAGGUCAACGUGGAGACAGGAGAGCCGCGGGACGCGCUGACCGAGGAGGCCGUGGAUUUCUGCCGGAAUCUCAAGAGCCACUCCACCAGGCUGUCGGACAUCAUCAACAACCAGGACUCCAUCGUCAUGGAGUACGUCGAUCAGGCCAUCGACGUCAUCAACAGAGAAGCCAGGUCGGAGAGCGCCAGGAUCGUCAAGUGGACCAUCCUCGACACGGACUUCUCCAUCGGUGCCGGGGAGCUCGGGGUGACCACGAAGGUGAAGCGGGGCAUCGUGUACAAGAUGUACCAGGCUGAGAUCGAGAAGUUUUACGAGAACUAAUAGCGGCAGCCGGGAGGGGACCCCACGAGUGGGCUCCAAUCUCGGUGAAAGGGGCCACGAUCCCCCUCUCUGUCCCUCCUUGUGAAGGAGCUGAUUCCUAGCGGGAGGGAAACGAGUCCCAGCAAGGGGACCUGGCGUUAAGCGGCAUGCCUCUCCCGGGGGAGGUGCUUUAAACCGAAAAGAAUAAAAUCGGUUCCCUAAAGCA